AUGAUUUAUCAGUACUUUGCGCGUGAUUUGCGAGCCUUUCGAUUUAAUCGCAGGAAGCCGGCGCGGGCGCAUACUAUGAUCAAUCUACAGGAACCUAUCUAUCCGACCAGCUGCUGUAGUCUAGAACUGAUUCAUAAUAGUCGUGUUUAUUCUAAAGGUUUCCUUCGGGCGGCGCGCGCUAUUGCUCGCGUGCUGAGCGCGCGCGCCGAUACCGGGACGCACGCGCGGGGCGCAUUGUGGACCCCCUAUAAAUACCCGCCGCCCUUCCUGCUUCCAUCAUUCCCAGCUCACGCUCCGUGCAGUGUGUGUCGUGUCUGCUCUCAAGCAUCUUGUAAAUAUACGUAG